AUGCAUCAAGACAUCGAAAACUGGAUAAAGAAUUGCAACAGAUGUGUGCACAGGAAACCAACAAACCAGAAAGCACCAUUAGUCAACAUCAAUUCCUCUUAUCCAUUAGAACUUGUUUGCAUGGAUUUCUUGACAUUAGAGAUGAGUAAAGGAGGAUAUCAACAUGUACUUGUUAUAACUGACUACUUCACUCGUUUUGCGCAUGCGGUACCAACACGCAAUAUGACUGCAAAGACAACAGCAGAAGCGUUAUACAACAACUUUAUUACUUACUACGGAAUUCCAACUCGGAUACAUUCAGACCAAGGAGCUAAUUUCGAGAGCCAAAUUAUCAAAGAAUUAUGUCAGAUUACAGGGAUGAAAAAGUCAAGGACAACCCCUUACCAUGCUAUGGGCAACGGACAAUGUGAGAGAUAUAACAGAACUUUACUCAACAUGCUAGGAACCCUGAAACCAUCACAAAAACAGAACUGGAAGCUGUAUAUUAAUCCAUUAGUAUAUGCGUACAACUGCAUCAAGAACGAGUCAACCGGAGUUUCCCCAUAUUUCCUUAUGUUUGGACGUGAACCAAAAUUACCUAUAGACAUAGAGUUUGGCCUAAAGAAAGAAGAAAAGAAAUCAGUAUCCAAAUACAUCAGCAACUUGAAAGAAAACAUGAAAACAGCUUAUGAACUAGUCAACAAAAUUACCAAGAAAUCACAGGAAAGACAGAAAGACACUUAUGAUAGAAGAACAACAAAUGCAGAAAUACAGAUAGGAGAUAGAGUACUAGUAAAAAUUGUAGCUUUUGAUGGAAAGCACAAAAUUGCUGAUAAGUGGGAAGAAGAACCAUACUUAGUAAUUGAACAUCCUAAUCCAGAAAUUCCAGUUUAUAAAUUACAGAAAGAAACGACAAAAGGAAAAACUCGGAUAUUACACAGAAACCUACUCCCAAUUGGACAUUUAGAUUCAUAUAAACCCAGUUCAGAAGAAUCAUCAACACCAUCAUCUUCCAGACCCACUCCUAAACCCAGGACAAGGCAAACAAGGAAGAAACAAGAACAGGUUCAAGACAGAAUACCAGAGACUAGAGAAUUAGAAGAUGACAGAGAUGCUAGUUCUGAUGAAGAGUCAGUUACAGAAUUUAUUCCGGUACCGGUACCAAGGAUCCCUGAGGUUAACAUCCCAGUAGAUGUUAGUAAGCACCCAGGUGAGCAGAGUGUACACAGACCAGAAGAACAGAGAGUACAAAGCCCUAGAGAGCAGAGAGUGCAGAACCCUAGAGAGCACAUUGUACAGAGCCCUAGAGAGGAGAUUGUACAUAGCCCUAGAGAGCAGACUGUACAGAGACCCAUAGAACAGAUGGAUCAGAUAGAGCAGAGACAGGAAAGAGAAGAAGAAAUACAGCAUCAUGAUGCAGAGGAGAGAGAAACGGAACAACAGCCAGUACAGACAGAAACAGAGCCAUAG